CCAAACUAAACCAAAAACCCCUCUUUUUUCCUCUUUCCUAUUCUCUCCAUUCUUCUGAAUCAAAAAUCGAAUUUUGAAGAAGAAAGAAGGAAGGAUCCACCACCAACAACGAAUCCAUGGAAGCCAUACUCGUAGAUUGCGUGCAGAAGAGCCUCCGCCAUUUCAUGCACUCCAACGCCAUCUUCCUCUGCCACCGUCUCUGCGCUGAGUUCCCCACUGAGGCAAAUCUUCAAUUGUUGGCUGGGUGUUAUUUGCAGAAUAAUCAAGCUUAUUCUGCAUACUCCAUCUUAAAAGGAACACAAAUGGCUCAAUCCCGAUACUUGUUUGCAAUAUCAUGCUUUCAGAUGGAUCUUCUAAGUGAAGCAGAAGCAGCAUUAUGUCCUGCUAAUGAGCCUAGUGCAGAGGUUCCAAAUGGUGCAGCUGGUCAUUAUCUGUUAGGGCUUAUUUACAGAUACACUGACAGAAGGAAAAGUGCCAUAGAUCACUUUAAGCAGGCACUAUCAAUGGAUCCUUUAAUGUGGUCUGCAUAUGAGGAGUUGUGCACAUUAGGUGCUGCUGAAGAAGCAUCUUCAGUUUUUGGUGAAGCUGCUGCUGUUUGCGUACAAAGGCAAUACCUAAGUUGUUCCACCUCUCCAAGGUCACAAUCAUCUGCUGAGGAUAGUAAUCUAGUUGACUCCAGACAUUGUGUCUCAGAUGAUGCAAGUCCAAGGCAACCAAAACACAUGCAAGGCUUAAAGGAUAUUCCUGGAACUCAUAAUGGAGCAUCUGUUUUUGGGGGAACUGCUAGUCAACCCAUUAAUAGUAGCCUCUCUAACAUAUCAUUUUAUAACACUCCAUCUCCAGUAAUUGCACAGCUGUCAAAUGUUGCUCCACCCCCUUUGUGUAGGAAUGUGCAGCCAAAUGGCCCAAAUCUGAGUACCGGUGCUGCUGAAAGUUCUCCUAAAUCGACAGUGAACUCUACUAUUCAAGCCCCACGAAGAAAGGUUAUGGAUGAAGGAAAGAUACGGAAGAUUUCUGGUAGAUUAUUUUCUGAUUCUGGUCCUCGACGAAGUUCAAGACUCUCUGGUGAUGCAAAUGCUAACUCUAAUGCAUCAGUAACUGGAAAUGGAACGUCUAUUUCUUCUAAGUAUCUUGGUGGGUCAAAGCUUAGCUCUAUGGCAUUCCGUAGCAUGAUAGUUCGUAAGGGACAGGGAUGGGCCAAUGAAAACAUUGAUGAAGGGGUUCGUAAUGAUGUUCUUGAUGAUUCUCGUUUAAAUGUUACAUCAACAACUUCUACUUCCUCGCCUGCCGUUGAAACUAAAUCCCAAGAACAAGAAGAAGCCAAUUUUUCAGUUGGUGGACAGUUAAUGAGCAGCUCCAAGGUCAUCACUGGUGCUUCAGAAGCAUUGACCCUUUUAAGAGAUCUUGGUGACGCCUAUAGACUUUCCUGCUUGUAUAGGUGCCAGGAUGCACUGGAUGCCUAUCUUAAAGUUCCACCUAAGCAUUACCAUACUGGCUGGGUUCUUUCCCAGGUUGGAAAAGCGCACUUUGAAUUAGUUGAUUAUUUAGAAGCUGAUCGGGCAUUUAGUCUUGCUCGUCAGAGUACGCCUUAUAGUUUGGAAGGAAUGGAUGUGUACUCCACGGUUCUUUAUCAUCUAAAGGAAGAUAUGAAGCUAAGUUACUUGGCUCAGGAAUUGAUAUCAACUGACCGCUUAGCUCCGCAGACUUGGUGUGCCAUGGGUAAUUGUUACAGCCUGCAAAAAGAUCAUGAAACUGCACUUAAGAACUUUCAGCGAGCUGUUCAACUAAAUCCCAGAUUCGCAUAUGCACACACCCUUUGUGGACAUGAAUAUGUUGCAUUAGAAGAUUUUGAGAAUGGAAUUAAGUGCUAUCAGAGUGCACUUAGGGUUGAUGCAAGACAUUAUAAUGCAUGGUAUGGACUUGGAAUGGUAUAUCUUCGCCAAGAGAAGUUUGAGUUCUCUGAGCAUUUUUUUCGGAUGGCUUUCCAAAUUAAUCCACGCUCAUCGGUUAUAAUGUCAUACCUUGGCACAGCUUUGCAUGCUUUAAAGAGGAGUGAGGAAGCACUAGCGGUAAUGGAGAAGGCUAUCUUAGCAGAUAAGAAAAAUCCUCUUCCAAUGUAUCAGAAGGCUAAUAUACUAAUGAGCUUGGAAAAUUUUGAUGAGGCUUUGGAAGUUCUAGAGGAGCUUAAAGAGUAUGCUCCCCGAGAAAGUAGUGUCUAUGCUUUGAUGGGGAGGAUCUAUAAAAGGCGCAACAUGCAUGAGAAAGCCAUGCUUCAUUAUGGUAUUUCUUUGGAUUUGAAACCAUCUGCUACAGAUGCUGCUGCCAUCAAGGCUGCCAUCGAGAAAUUGCAUGUUCCAGAUGAGAUUGAAGACAACUUAUAGCAAUGUGAAGCUCAUAAUUGCUGAUGUUAAUGCAAGUUAUCCUCAUCUGAAUCCCUGGUCAUGAGGAUUGGCCUCUGCUUGUGCUUUUGGCUGAUUGUGUAUAGAAGCAGCACCAACAGCUGGGCGAGAAUUCGCGCCACGUCGGCGCGCUUUGGCGGAUUUGUAGGAGAGAGACCUGAUUUUGCAACACAAGCUAAUAGGAAGAGGAUGUGAUGUAACCAAGUUACCAAAGAAGCUGCCAUACUUGUAUCAUUAGUUGUGUUCAGGGGAAAGUACAUAAAAAUGUAUCAUUAGUUAACCCAUUCAUUUGUUCUUAAAUCCAUGGCUCUUAGUAUGUGGCCUCUCCUAACA